CCCAAAGGCGGCGCUCCUCAGCGUUGAAAUUGCCGCGGCCACCUCGACAACCUUCGGGACGAGCGCGACAUCCUCAUCCGCCUCACCCACAAUUUGUCAAUCAUGUCGCCCCCGGCAAUGGUUUCUGGCCGCGAGAAGGAAUCGGGCCUGGCCCGAAUCGUCGGCUCUGGCUCCGCUGGUAUCGCCGAGCUGGCCGUCUUCCACCCCGUCGACACGAUUGCGAAGCGAUUGAUGAGCAACCAGACUCGGAUCUCCAACGCCAGCCAGCUUAACCAGGUCAUAUUCAAAGACAAGGCCGGCGCGCCCAUUGGCCGCAAGUUCUUCUCCCUGUUUCCCGGUCUGGGCUACGCCGCGGGCUACAAGGUGCUGCAGCGGAUAUACAAGUAUGGCGGUCAGCCCGUGGCGCGCGACUUUCUCGCGCAGCACUACGGCAAGGACUUUGAGGCGGCUUUCGGCAAGAAGACGGGCAAGGCCAUUAUGCACUCGACGGCCGGCAGCUUGAUCGGAAUCGGCGAGAUUGUCCUCCUUCCCCUCGACGUCCUCAAGAUCAAGCGCCAGACGAACCCCGAGGCCUUCAAGGGCCGGGGUGUGCUCAAGAUUGUCCGCGACGAAGGAUUUGGCCUGUACCGUGGUUGGGGUUGGACAGCCGCCCGCAAUGCCCCUGGCUCUUUUGCUCUGUUUGGUGGCUCGGCCUUUGCCAAGGAGUACCUGUUCCACCUUCAGGACUACAACAAGGCGUCUUGGUUCCAGAACUUUGUAGCGUCCAUCGCCGGAGCGUCGGCAUCGCUUGUCGUCUCCGCGCCGCUCGAUGUGAUCAAGACGCGCAUCCAGAAUCGCAACUUUGACAACCCGGAGAGUGGCUUCCGCAUCCUAUCCAAUAUGGCCCGACAGGAGGGCUUUUCGAGCUUCUUCAAGGGCCUGGUGCCCAAGCUGCUCAUGACGGGGCCCAAGCUGGUGUUCUCGUUCUGGCUCGCGCAGACGCUCAUUCCGGCGUUUGAUAUCGCCUUCAAGCGAUGAGAAGUUCCGUCGUCGUGGUAAUGUAAAAGGACAAAACAAAAUCUUGUAAUUGGGACAUAGAAGUUUCAGCGGCUUGCCGGAGCAGGACGGAGUGGACGAACUGGGCGUUGGCGAGUACCGGCCGAGGGGACGUUACUGUGUAUUUGGGUACCCUCGUAUUAUAGAAGCACUCAGCUCCACGGAUGGGAGUCAGCGACAUGUGACGAAGACUUGCGCGGGCGAGUGGCACCUCGGAGUGGCCAUUGCUGUAGCCGUGGCGUCUGGGCCGUGGUCUGAGCUGCGGAUGGAUGCUGCUGCCCACCUAGGUGUAGCGUGUCCGAGGCACUGACUGCACUGCGUUGCACCUAAUUCGUACCUCGCAAAACACUUAGGUACGCCCAAUAUGCGGUUGCGCCUCGCUGA